GCGUGUGUCUGUUUGUGUGUGUGUGUGUGUGUGUGUGUGUGUCUGGAUAUGGCGGGUGGGCAUCAGUACAUCUUAGAGUGUUACGAAGGGUGUUACUGCGCCGCUCCGGGAUUAGAGUUUGUGCUUCAACUUCCCUCCAACAAAAACAGAGGAAUGUGGGCGUGGGUGGCGACACUCGUGGUUGUGGCAGCAGUCAGUGCCAAUGAAGUCUACGAUCCGGAGACGCCGGAUACUGCGGAGGUUCCCGUCCACCCAGAUGACCCUCUCGAGCAUAAGGUCCACAACCUCGUCCUGAACCCGCAGCAGCAUUCCCUUUGUGAACUGAAACACAUCAGGCAAAUCAUCACGCAUCCUCGCUGCGUGUCCAAGGAAAUCGAAAACCACGUUUGCGUGGGAACAUGCUUCAGUUACUCCGUUCCCCAGACCGAACCGGAGACUCCUGGGGACGAACUUCUGGAUUACUGCGACUCUUGUCAGGCGUUAGAGUCACACUGGAUCACUCUUCACCUGGAUUGCGAGGAGUAUGGAAACAGCUUCCAGGAGAAGAAGACAGUCCAGAUGAUCACAAACUGCUCCUGCUCCCCCUGCCACUCUCCGAAGGGCCCAAUCACCACCAAUGACGUCACCAUCCAUAACAGCGACCACCACGUCUCGGAGCUGAUCUACAAGAUGUUGCCAGACACCCACAAGUUCAAGGAAAGCAGCCCGGCAUCAGCAGCCCCUUCAGCGCCAUCAGGAGCGUCGGUGCCCGCCGUCCUGAGGGAUGGGCACGUCAUCACCAAGGAGGGGGGUGAGCUCAAGUACACUGAGAUGACGCUAGGGGACCUGAAGAAGGAAUUCACACUGGCUCCUCACCAGGAGACUCUGCUACAAGGUCGCCCACUCUUCCGGGACUCUGCCUCUUUCACAGAUGACCAAGAAGACCCAAGGCACCUUAAUUACUAAGAAUACUACUAAGCUCUGUAUUCAUGUGUAUAGCUUCAAUCAUCCCCUCUUGCAGCUCUGUUUGUUCACGAAAACCAGACUUGUGCUUGGUCAGGAAAUUUAUCAAAACAACAACAGUUCAGCAUUAUGUUUCUUCUACAAAUAACCCAAAGGUUGCUGGUUUGGUUUUCUGCCUUCGAGUCAUUGACACGUUUUCAUUUGUGAGCCAGCGUCUUUCAAACUUGUACAUUGUACCGAACGAGCUGCACAUGCAUGUAUUGCCAAGGGGAGAAUGCUGUAAUUAUUUUUUAGGUGUAAGGAAAGAGAUUAGUAUGACAGCUUGAGCUCCCAAAAUGUUCUUAAAGUAUCUUCUUUCUGGAAAUUGUAGCAGAAAAUGGGCUUACUCUCGAAAUAAAGAAAAAGUAAAAUCAAUUGUAUCUAAAUUUCGAGCUUAGCUGUAUUAAAUAUAUGGACAGGGUCCCUUCACUCUUGGGCUGUAUUCUGUGUACUGAGAAGGGUCCCCUGUGUCAUCAUCUUAAAGAGGUGUGAGCUUUUUCAUAUGAAGUGUACAUAGUGAUAGCAUGAUUUAUUAUGUUCAUCAAAGUCCUGCAUAACUCUCACAAAAAAAAGUUCGUUAAAUCACUUACAUCUGAGUGAACCCCUCCAAAGAAGAGAUUUCGAAAAGGGGGAGAUAUUAUGAAGUAAAUUCUGUUAUCUUGACCAAAUGAAUGUUAAUGCUUAUCUUGCAUCAGAACGUAUAG